CUGCCGGUGUUCUAUCCUUUCCCUUCCCAUCCCCUCAGUCCUGCUGCGUAGUCGCAGCCUCCCUCGCAGGGACGGGACGGGACGGGACGGGACAGGACAGGACAGGACAGUACGUGGGCGGGUCGCAGUGGUCCCUGCAGUAGCGAGAGAGGGUUUCUCUUCCUGUGGCUGCGUCGCCGCGGCACGCUGGGGACAUUGAGCGGAGCUCCCCCCGGUGCGCUGAGGCUUCCCGGGCCCGCUGUCCAGGAUGUGGAAGCUGGUGCCCGCCGCAGGAACAGGAGAGCCAUACCGGCUUUUGAGUGGCACAGAAUAUGUUGUUGGACGCAAAAACUGUGCAAUUUUAAUUCAGCAUGAUAUGUCCAUCAGUCGAAGUCAUGCAGUUCUGACAGUAAGACAUCCUGAAACAACCACUAGCCAGUCUCUCUCAGUCCCUGUAUUAACGGUAACGGAUACAUCUAAGUAUGGUACCUUUGUUAAUGGAUCAAAACUCAGUGGCCGUUCAGUGUCUUUGCAGUCUGGUGACAGAAUCAACUUUGGAGUUCUUGAGAGCAAGUUUAGGGUAGAGUAUGAACCUUUGGUUGUCUGCUCCUCAUGUUUAGAUGUAGCUCAGAAAACUGCUUUAAAUCAAGCCAUCCAGCAGCUUGGAGGCCUUGUUGUGAAUGAAUGGACAAAAGACUGUACUCACCUUGUAAUGAUAUCGGUAAAAGUUACUGUUAAGACUAUAUGUGCUCUGAUUUGUGGUCGGCCAAUUAUAAAACCAGAGUUUUUUGUUGAAUUAGUCAAAGCUAUUCAGUCCAGACAACAGUUGCCGAAUCAUAAAAGUUUUUAUCCUCCAGUUGAUGAGCCUUCCAUUGGCACUGAAAAACUGGAUUUGUCUGAGCGUCAAGAAAGGAAAAAAAUAUUCAGUGGAAAAACUUUUGUAUUUCUAACUGCCAAGCAGCACAAGAAACUGGGUCCAGCAGUUAUUCUUGGAGGUGGGGAAGCAAAGUUAAUGACAGAAGGAAGAAAUGAAACAUCUUUACUGGUUUCUCCUGAUGUUUGUGUUGUUGAUGUGAUGUUGACAAACUCUCAGAUCCCAGGAUCUGACUCCAUGAGAAACUGGACUGAUUCUGUUCUGACUGUCUUACAAAGCAAGGAUCUCAGGGCUAUUCCGGAGGCAGAAAUUGGAUUGGCAGUUCUCUUCAUGUCUACCGAAAAAUUCUGCAACCCUCAAAAGCAGCUUGGUAAUAAAGUUGUAACUGAAAGUACCUGUGCAUCAGCUGUUGUAGGGCAACAUGUUUCUCAGAGUUUAGUUGUGGAUGAAACCCUAAUAGCAGCUGCUUCAAAUGACAGCACAGCAUAUGUGGCUGAUACAGAAAUAGAAGAGCAGACAUGUAGUAUGGAGAUAGAGAAUACUCCCCAGAUGGACAGACAAGGAAAGAUGGCUUUCCAGGAUAUAGCCACCAUAAAGAAAAACCCUAGCACCAGUGGCAGCUUAAACGCAGGAACAUCAACAUGUAGAAUGAACAGAACAUCUGGGUUUAGUCAAAAAAGUCAUCCUGUCUCACCAUCUAAAAGUUCAGAAGCUGUUAAACCUAGGGAGUGUGCUUCACAUCACCAGUAUAACUCCAUUCUGAAUUACUUCCAAGUAGCUGGGAAAAGGGAAAGAGCUGAAGAAGGAGAAGAAACAUCUGUAGCCAAACUAGCAAAACUGGAGGAAAGGUCAUUGCCUGUUCCCAAGUUCACUGAACCCGCAGCUUCAUCAGUGCAGAACAGUGAAGCAGAGAGCUAUCAGAAGGAAAAUAACAUCCCGGACCUAAGCCCAAACUUUGCAUUAGAUGACACAGGUAUAAAGCUUGUGAGAGAAAGUGCCAAACUAACAUGUGAUAAAACCAACACUAAAACUGCUUCUAGUGAAAAGCAUGCAUCAAAGAAGAGAAAGGAGUUAGACGACUUAUCUGAAGAUACAGAGACACUAGAAAUUGUGUUUGGAAGCGGAGACCUAGACUGGGAAGGUCAAAUGGCAGAUCAUGACCAGGAAGCUCAGAGAAAGAAAAGAUGUUUGGAAACCAAAAGAAGCAGAAUUCAAGAAGUAAAUGUAAAGCAGAGAGAGGAGAAUAAAAUAUUGAAAGAAGAGGUACUUGGAUCAGUUCUAACUCCAGAAAUGAAAAGUGAAUUCAAAGAGCAGUCACCGGUCUUGAACCACAACAAAGUGCAAGAUGACUCCAGCAAUCUUCCUAGCAGACUUCUGUUGACUGAGUUUAGGUCAUUGGUUGUCACCCGUCCAAGACAGAACAGUCAGCUUACUGGAAAUACCAGCUGUGGGGGAAAGAAGAACUUCAAACUGUUUAAAAAGGUAGCUUAUCCAGGGGCCGGACAACUUCCAUACAUUAUUGGAAGGUCAGAUUUGAUUGCUCACCAGGCUAAAAAGAAUUCAGAGCUAGAAGAGUGGUUAAGGGAAGAAAUGGAGGAACAGAACCGACAUGCAAGAGAAGAAUCACUCGCUGAUGAUCUCUUUAGAUACGAUCCUAAUGUGAAAAGGCGAAGAUAAAUUGUGACCCGAAUUUACAAUGAUUCUCUAGCAAAAUCAGCUUUCUGCUCCUUAGGUUUGCUGGUUACACAAUGUAAUACAUACCUAUGUGUGACCAUCUGAACUAUGUGUUACUCCAAGUCUUGUUUUUAAGUCUUCCCUUUAUUAAAGAAAAAUAAAAGUUUCUUUCACUGCUUGCUA